AUGGCGGCCGCGCGCAACCUCACAACGACCGCGAGUCCCCCUCACUCAGACAUUACGGCGGCAGAAGUGAGGGAAGAGCCCAAGGCAGCCGUGAAGAACUACAAGGGCUUCGUCGCCGGAGUAUUUUCCGGAAUCGCCAAACUCACAGACGCCUCGCGCUUCAGCGGCCCGCUCCAAUGCGUCGGCCAAACGCUGCGGAACGAAGGCAUCCCGGGCCUCUACAAGGGCGCAACCCCUCCGCUGGUGGGCUGGAUGUUCAUGGACUCGGUCAUGCUGGGCUCGCUGACGGUCUACCGCCGUCUCGUCGCCGAGCGACUCUUCCGCGUCGGCACCGUCGACAACUUACCGUCAUACGGCCACGGCAUCGCGGGCAUCAUGGCGGGCAGCACCGUCAGCUUCAUCGCCGCGCCCGUCGAGCACGUGAAGGCGCGCCUGCAGAUCCAGUACGCCGCCAACAAGGCCGAGCGGCUGUACAGCGGGCCCGUCGACUGCCUGCGCAAGAUUUACGCGAACCACGGCGUCCGGGGCGUCUACCACGGCCUCAGCGCGACGUUGCUGUUUCGGGGCUUCUUUUUCUGCUGGUGGGGCAGUUACGAUGUGUUUUCAAAGUACUUUAAGAAGAACACGAACCUCAGCGCGCCGGCGGUGAAUUUCUGGGCGGGCGGGCUGAGCGCGCAGAUUUUCUGGUUGACGAGUUACCCGUCGGACGUGAUUAAGCAGCGCAUUAUGACGGACCCCCUUGGUGGCGGACUCAAUGACGGCACGCCAAAGUUUAGGAGGUGGAAGGACGCUGCGACGGCGGUGUAUAGGGAGACGGGUUGGAAGGGCUAUUGGCGCGGAUUCUUGCCGUGUUUCUUGAGGGCGUUCCCGGCUAAUGCAAUGGCGUUGGUUGCAUUCGAGGGUGUUAUGCGGGCUCUACCGGAGUAG